GCCUCCAUCUGCACCCCGAGCUUCCCCGGGCGGCGGGCGGAUAGUGGCGGCUGAAGAAGUUUUUAAAAUGAAGAAGUUUAAUUUCCGAAAAGUUUUGGAUGGCUUAACUGCCUCCUCCCCUGGCAGUGGUAGCAGCAGUGGCAGUAACAGUGGUAGUGGUUCCGUGCAUCCAGGAGGGACUGCAGGGGUUCUCAGAGAAGAAAUUCAGGAAACCCUGACUUCAGAGUAUUUCCAGAUUUGCAAGACAGUUCGGCAUGGUUUUCCUUAUCAGCCCACAGCAUUAGCUUUUGAUCCAGUUCAGAAAAUCUUGGCCAUUGGGACAAGAACAGGUGCUAUACGAAUACUUGGGAGACCUGGCGUUGAUUGUUAUUGCCAACAUGAAAGUGGUGCAGCUGUCCUGCAGCUCCAAUUCCUGAUCAAUGAGGGUGCUUUGGUCAGUGCAAGUUCAGAUGAUACACUUCAUUUAUGGAACCUUAGACAAAAAAGGCCAGCUAUUCUUCAUUCUCUUAAAUUUAACCGAGAACGAAUUACUUACUGUCAUCUACCUUUCCAGAGUAAAUGGCUCUAUGUUGGAACAGAAAGAGGAAAUACACAUAUUGUAAAUAUUGAAUCUUUCGUUCUUUCUGGAUAUGUUAUCAUGUGGAACAAGGCAAUUGAACUAUCCACAAAGACUCAUCCAGGUCCAGUUGUACAUUUAAGUGAUAGCCCAAGAGAUGAAGGGAAACUGCUAAUAGGUUAUGAAAAUGGUACUGUAGUAUUCUGGGACUUGAAAUCUAAAAGAGCAGAACUGAGAGUUUAUUAUGAUGAGGCUAUUCAUUCAAUUGAUUGGCACCAUGAAGGCAAACAGUUCAUGUGCAGCCAUUCGGAUGGCAGCUUGACUUUAUGGAACCUGAAAAGCCCAAGUCGUCCUUUCCAGACCACAAUUCCGCAUGGAAAAAGUCAAAGAGAAGGAAGAAAAUCUGAAUCAUGUAAACCAAUUCUUAAAGUAGAAUACAAGACAUGUAGAAACAGUGAACCGUUUAUAAUAUUUUCUGGUGGAUUGUCCUAUGACAAAGCUUGCAGAAGACCAAGUUUAACCAUCAUGCAUGGAAAAGCAAUUACAGUACUUGAAAUGGAUCAUCCUAUUGUUGAAUUUCUAACUUUAUGUGAAACACCCUAUCCAAAUGAAUUUCAAGAACCCUAUGCAGUCGUAGUACUUCUGGAAAAAGAUCUCAUUGUAGUUGAUCUGACACAAAGCAAUUUUCCAAUCUUUGAAAAUCCAUAUCCCAUGGACAUUCAUGAAUCACCAGUUACAUGCACAGCCUACUUUGCUGAUUGCCCACCAGAUUUGAUUCUAGUACUCUACUCUAUAGGAGUCAAGCAUAAAAAACAAGGCUACAGUAAUAAGGAGUGGCCAAUCAGUGGAGGAGCUUGGAACCUCGGAACACAAACAUAUCCAGAAAUUAUUAUUACCGGUCAUGCAGAUGGAUCAAUAAAAUUUUGGGAUGCUUCUGCAAUAACUCUGCAGAUGCUGUACAAGCUAAAAUCUUCAAAAGUGUUUGAAAAACAGAAGGUAGGAGAAGGAAAACAAACAUGUGAAAUUGUAGAGGAAGAUCCAUAUGCCAUUCAGAUGAUUUACUGGUGUCCAGAAAGCAGAAUAUUAUGUGUUUCAGGAGUAUCAGCAUAUGUCAUAAUUUAUAAAUUCAGCAGACAUGAAAUUACAACAGAAAUAGUGUCAUUAGAGGUACGACUUCAGUAUGAUGUUGAAGAUAUUAUUACCCCGGAACCAGAAACAAGCCCUCCAUUUCCAGAUCUUUCAUCCCAGCUUCCUUCUUCAAGGAGUCUUUCUGGGAGCACUAACACUGUGGCUAGUGAAGGAGUAACAAAGGACAGUAUCCCAUGCCUCAAUGUUAAGACACGACCAGUACGGAUGCCUCCAGGGUAUCAAGCAGAACUUGUUAUUCAGUUGGUGUGGGUGGACGGUGAACCUCCCCAGCAGAUUACUAGUCUUGCUGUAAGCUCAGCGUAUGGAAUAGUUGCAUUUGGGAACUGCAAUGGGUUGGCUGUGGUGGAUUUUAUACAGAAGACAGUACUAUUAAGCAUGGGGACCAUUGACCUAUAUAGAUCAAGUGACAUAUACCAACGACAACCACGGUCUCCUCGAAAAAACAAGCAGUUCAUUGCAGACAACUUUUGCAUGCGUGGCCUGUCUAACUUUUAUCCUGAUUUAACGAAACGGAUCCGUACUUCUUAUCAGAGUUUAACUGAACUGAAUGACAGUCCAGUUCCCCUGGAACUUGAGCGCUGCAAGUCUCCCACUUCAGAUCAUGUAAAUGGGCACUGCACAAGUCCAACUUCUCAGAGCUGCAGUUCUGGAAAACGUCUUUCUAGUGCUGAUGUUUCCAAAGUAAAUCGCUGGGGUCCGGGAAGACCACCAUUUCGAAAAGCACAGUCAGCUGCUUGCAUGGAAAUUUCUUUACCAGUUACAACAGAAGAAAACCGAGAAAAUUCCUAUAAUCGUUCUAGAAGCUCUAGCAUCUCCAGUAUUGACAAAGAUUCUAAAGAAGCAAUUACAGCACUAUACUUCAUGGAGUCCUUUGCUCGGAAAAAUGACUCCACCAUCUCCCCUUGUUUGUUUGUUGGAACAAGUUUGGGAAUGGUGUUAAUCCUCCCCCUGAACCUGCCUUUGGCAGAUGAACAAAGAUUCACAGAGCCAGUCAUGGUACUGCCUAGUGGUACAUUCCUCUCAUUGAAAGGAGCUGUACUAACAUUCUCCUGUAUGGAUCAAACUGGUGGAUUAAUGCAACCGCCGUAUGAAGUUUGGAGGGAUCCAAACAACAUAGAUGAAAAUGAAAAAUCUUGGAGAAGAAAACUGGUCAUGAACUGCCCCUCUCCGUCCCAAGAAACAGAUCAUCAGUAUACAAUAAUCUGCUCUGAAAAACAAGCCAAAGUCUUCUCACUGCCUUCUCAGACUUGCCUUUAUGUUCAUAACAUCACUGAGACAUCUUUCAUACUGCAAGCAAAUGUGGUAGUCAUGUGUAACAGUGCCUGUCUGGCGUGCUUUUGUGCCAAUGGGCAUAUCAUGAUAAUGAGCCUACCUAGUCUUCGCCCAAUGUUGGAUGUUAAUUAUUUACCACUGACAGACAUGAGGAUAGCACGGACAUUUUGUUUUACCAAUGAAGGGCAGGCAUUAUACCUCGUCUCUCCUACUGAAAUUCAGCGGUUAACAUACAGCCAAGAGAUGUGUGAUAAUCUACAGGACAUGCUGGGAGAUUUGUUUACUCCCAUAGAGACUCCAGAAGCUCAAAACAGAGGCUUUUUAAAGGGACUCUUUGGUGGAAGUGGACAAACAUUUGACAGAGAAGAACUCUUUGGGGAAGCUACAGCAGGAAAAGCAUCUCGCAGCCUUGCGCAACACAUUCCUGGACCAGGUGGUAUAGAAGGGAUGAAAGGCGCUGCUGGAGGGGUGAUGGGAGAGCUGACUCGAGCACGGAUCGCACUUGAUGAGAGAGGACAAAGGCUAGGAGAGCUGGAAGAGAAAACUGCAGGCAUGAUGACCAGUGCAGAAGCGUUUUCCAAACAUGCACAUGAGUUAAUGCUGAAAUAUAAAGAUAAGAAAUGGUACCAAUUCUGAACUUCUAAAGCUGUGACUGCUUUGAGAAACCAUUAUUCAGGGAAACCAAAUUUUUUCCCAGCAUCACUAUUCAACUGCUAGAAGCCAGUUUCUUCUACAAAACGUUCCAUUACAGUCCAUCUGAAGUUAUUAUAAGAGAGACUUAUCAGAGACACUACAACUGAAAGGCUGGAACCCUGGUUAAAAUCCCAAGGUAUGGCUGAAUUUGCCUCUUCCCACCUGGAAUGGAGCUAUCAUCUUGGCAUGUCAUUUGCUAAGGAUUUACAUUUAGGAACUACAGGGAGUCCUGAUUUGAAAAACUCCUGUACAAACAAAAGCAUUAAUGCACUUAAUGAAAAAAAAAUCUUUGCAUGAUAAAUUAACAUCUUAAGAGGAAAAGAAAAAAGCAUGUUGUGACAAAAGAAAAAAGUUUAAUGGUAAACUAUUUUUAUAAAUUGGGCCACAUCUGACAAUUUAAAAAAUCUGCAUUAGAAGUUAUCAGUGCAUUUCAAGUAUUUUGCCAUACCCAACCGAAAAGAAAAAGAAAACCAAAGUUUUUGUCCCAUCUAUAACUUUCGUUAUACUAAAACAUUAUUGAAUUCUUAUGGCAAGAGUCUGAUUAACGUUCCUCUCUCUCCAUAAUAUUUUAGAUCAUUCACAGUUUUCAGUCAUAAUCGAGUAUUGCCAGUAUAGAAAAUUAUUCCUAACAC